UUACAAAAUAUAUCAAAUAUCAAUUUCAAAGAUUUCUUCCUAAAAAAAAAAGCAAUGAAUCCAACUACUGUUGUCGCUAAACCAUCUACCAUUUCUGCCGGAACUACAGAAAUCCCAAGUAAAGAUGGUACAGGAGCUUGUUCUAUCAUGUAA